GGCAAAUAUAAGAGGAGAAAGAGAGGAGAGACUUCUCUCCCGGCCCGGCGCUGAUCUCGAGCCCGGAUUGGCCGCUGUCUCGGCUGACGUCACGAUCAUGAUGAGAAUUAAUGAUCGGAGGCGCUGAUUUCAUUGUGACGCCGGGACCGAGCCAGCCGAAACCGGCUGAAUCCGGCGCCCUGGGCCCCCCCGGAGCGGCCCCGCCCGUCCCACAGAGCACGAUGAAUCUGCGUUCUGUAUUUACUGCAGAACAACAAAGGAUAUUGCAACGUUAUUAUGAAAAUGGAAUGACAAAUCAGAGUAAAAAUUGCUUUCAGCUCAUAUUACAGUGUGCACAAGAAACUAAGCUGGACUUCAGUGUAGUCAGGACCUGGGUUGGCAACAAAAGAAGAAAGAUGAGCAGCAAGAAUGUGGUGGAUUCUGGAGGGACUCCUUCGGGGACUGUUGCCAACACACUGACGGUGCCUCCGGAAGUGGCGGUCCGCAACGUGGUCAGCAUCGCACGCUCCCAGAGCCAGCAGUCGUCUUGGACAUCCUCCAACAGCGAUGUCAUAGUCACUGGCAUAUAUAAUCCAACCUCAACAGGCAGGCUGAUGUCCACGAAACAGACGAACACGCUGAUGAAUGAUAUGCAUAAAAACUCUCUUCCGAGACCUCCUGGGAAAAGCGAUCCCGAAUUUCAGAGGCAGCACAUUGCGGUGGCCCGGCAAGGCCCUCACUGCAAAAACGCUUCGCUCUUCCUGGGGGAAAAAACGAUCAUUCUUUCGAGACAAACAAGCGUGCUGAACUCGGGAAACUCCAUUUAUAACCACACAAAGAAAAGCUACGGUGGCUCUUCUGUUCAGACUGCAGAGUUGGUACUACCUCAGAAGCCUGUGUUGUGCCACAGACCCUGCAGAGUGGAGCCGAUGGGAUGCCAAAGGCUCCAGAAGCCGGAGCAUCCCAUCCUUGCCUCCCACAUGCCGUCCGGACAAAGGGCUAACAUCAGAGAUCCUUCCUGCAGCACGCACAACUUGGAAAUACGGGAGGUUUUUUCCUUAGCUGUUACCGAUCAACCUCAGAGAAUCCUGGGAGGAAACGCCCAGAAGUCAUUGCCUAGUUCAAGCGAAAGCAGUUGUUUAUCAAUUGCAAUGGAAACUGGUGAUGUGGACGACGAAUACGCUAGGGAAGAAGAGUUGGCAUCAAUGGGUGCCCAGAUACAGAAUUAUUCAAGGCUGAGCGGAACGUCCCUCAGAGUCCAGAACCCAGGCACAGGUCUGUCUGGGUCAGGCAGAAGCGUCAGCUCCAGUUCACACAUGAUGAAUGCCAGGAACUUGCAUGACAAUAUUCUAUAUCACAACAGAGACUAUCGCUUGCCUCCACGGACCUCCUUGCAUACCGCAUCCAGUACACUGUACAGCAGUUCCUACCCCUCAAGGAGUAACCUUUCUUCCCAUUUUGGAGCAUCCAAUCAGCUAAGGUUAUCCCAAAACCAAAAUAAUUACCAGAUUUCAGGAAACCUCACUGUGCCUUGGAUUACGGGUUGUUCCCGAAAAAGAGCACUGCAGGACCGUACACAAUUCAGUGACCGGGAUUUAGCUACCCUUAAGAAAUACUGGGACAAGGGCAUGACUAGCCUUGGCUCAGUUUGCAGAGAGAAAAUUGAAGCGGUUGCUGCGGAGUUGAAUGUUGACUGUGAAAUAGUGCGGACUUGGAUUGGGAAUCGGAGACGAAAAUAUCGACUGAUGGGAAUUGAAGUCCCCCCUCCUCGAGGUGGCCCUGCCGAUUUUUCCAAUCAAUCUGAUUCGAGCAGUAAGUCAAUAUCCAUUCCAGGAGAUGAUGCUUCAACUGAUGUGGGAGAUGACAAUGACAGGAACGAUGAAGUAUCCAUCUGCUUAUCAGAAGGAAGCUCACAAGAAGAACACAGUGAAGUUCUUCAGAAUGAAGACAUUGGGCAUAAGGGGAGGGACCAGACUACUGUAGCUGCUGAUAAUGUGAAAAUAGAAAUAAUAGAUGAUGAAGAAAGUGAUAUGAUAAGUAAUUCUGAAGUGGAUCAAAUGAGUUCUCUUCUGGACUAUAAAAAUGAGGAAGUAAGGUUCAUUGAAAAUGAACUGGAGCAUCAGAAACAGAAAUAUUUUGAACUGCAAGCGUUCACUCGGAGUUUGAUACUUGCUAUUAAAACGGAUGAUAAAGAACAGCAGCAGGCACUCCUAGCAGAUUUACCUCCAGAGUUAGAAGACAUGGACUUCAAUCAUGCAUCUCCAGGACCUGAUGAUACCUCAUUUAGUUUGUCUUCUUCAUCAGAGAAAAAUGCCUUGGACAGUUUCUGACCUUUUGACACAAACACUCACGAGACAACAUAGUUUGCUCAACAUGUAUGUUUUGAAUGAAUUUGCUAGCCAGUACCCUUAAAAAUAUGUAAGGGAAAGGUUGAGGUGGGAAGAGAGACUUCUAUAGCGGUGUGAUUGAUGGUAGCUACACAUUCUGGAUUUUAUUUUUUAACAAAUGUGAAAUUUACUUGACAAACAUGAGUUAGGCUUCUAGCAGUGAUGCCUUGAUGAUGGUACCUUUCUGCUAACAGUGGUUCGGUAAGGAAUUCCUGAUCUAAGCAGGAUUCUGAAAAUAGAAGAAAAGUAGCAAAUCGUGAUAAUAAUUCUACCGUAUCUUCCAAUUCUAGCCCACCAGUCUUGUUCGUUGUGAUACAUUGCCUUUUAUUCUUUCCCCAUUUCUCAGGUAGGUGGACUGAACAUUGGGAAUGAUGGGCUUCAGGAGAUAAUUAAAUAAAAUUAAAUCUUCAUGGAAAAA